AUGUCUUGGAUAUUUGGUAAGCCCCAACAACAACAGCAGCAACAACAGGCUUCUUCAAAUGAUGAGUCACUUAAAGAAAGAUUAGGAUUCGACCCAAAAGAAGUCUCCGAUGUACAAACCAUCAUAUCAACCCCAGGUUCAAUCCACAACAACGCAUCUAAUAACACUUCCACCUCCUCAUAUGCAUCAUUGCUCCAUCCAUUAGCCGGAUUAGACAAAGGAAUCGAAUACUUGGACCUCGAAGAAGAAAAAUUAAACCAAGUCGAAGGUUCUCAAGGUAUAAUCCCCAGCAGAUCAUGGACCGAUGAUUUAUGUUAUGGAACUGGUGCCGUAUACCUCAUUGGUCUUGGAUUAGGUGGGUUACUGGGUUUCCAGCACGGUGUAAAAACUUUACCGGCAAAUUCUCCGGGCAAAGUUCAAUUGAAUCAUAUUUUGAACAAUAUUACCAAAAGAGGACCAUUCUUGGGUAAUAAUGCCGGUGUGUUAGCAUUGACCUAUAAUUUAAUUGACUCGACUUUGGAUGGUGUUAGGGGUAAACACGAUGAUGUGAAUUCGGUGGUGGCUGGUGCGUUGGCUGGGGCAUUGUUUAGAAGUAGUAAAGGGUUGAAACCUAUGGCUUAUUCGAGUGCGUUGAUGGCAGGUGCUGCUGGAUUAUGGUGUGGUCUUAAGCAUGGAUUGAAGUAA